AUGGCAACACGACUGAAUAAAACACGUUGUAUCCGAUGUGAUAAAGAAACAACGGCAGUUACAUGUGAAGGAUGUCUUCAAUUGUUUUGUUACGAUCAUUUAACUGAACAUCGACAAGAAUUAAACAAAAAAUUGCAUCAUAUUGCAUUGGAUUGUGAUCAUUUUCGUCAAACGUUUAGUGAACCAACAACAAACUCACAGAAAGAAUUGUUUCUAAAACAAAUCGAUCAAUGGGAGAAAGAUUCAAUUAAAAUAAUUCAACAAACAUCGAAUGAAUGUCGACAAUUGUUAAUUCAACAUACAAUCAAAAAUAUUCAUCAAAUUGAAAUGAAUUUAACGAAAUUAAUGGAUGAAAUACGAGAAAUUCGACAAGAAGAUGAUUUCAAUGAAAUUAAUUUAGAACAAUUCACCGCGAAAUUGAAACAAUUACAAGAACAACUUGAUCAGCCAACAGACAUUUCCAUUCAACAAGAUUCAACCACAUUCAUUAGUCGAAUUCGUGUCGUCAUUUCAUCAGGAAAAUAUACUUCAUCGAAGAAUAUUCAUAUCAAUACAACAUGGAGACAAGAUGGAUCAACAGUUGUUGGAGGAAAUGGUGAAGGAAAUCAAUUGAAUCAGUUGUAUUAUCCAGAUGGACUUUGUAUUAAUGAUGAUGGAAAAAUAAUUUAUAUUGCAGAUUCGUCAAAUCAUCGAAUUGUUGAAUGGAAAGUUGAUACCAAUGUUGGCAAAGUGGUUGCUGGAGGAAAUGGAUGGGGCAGUGGUUUAGAUCAAUUAAAUUGUCCAACUGAUGUCAUUCUUGAUAAAACGCGUAACUAUUUGAUUAUUUGUGAUUAUGGAAAUCGACGAAUUUUGAAAUUAUCAUGUCAAAAUUGGCGAAAUCAACGAACACUUAUCUCAGAUAUUGAUUGUUCACAAUUAACAAUGGAUAAUAAUGGAGAUCUCUAUGUUUCAGAUUAUGAAAAACAUGAAGUUCGACGAUGGAAGGAUGGAGAAGCAAACGGAACGAUUGUUGCAGGUGGCAAUGGUAAAGGUGAAUAUCUUCAUCAACUGAAUCAUCCCACAUUUAUCUUCGUCGAUCAAGAUUACUCAGUUUACGUUGCCGAUUCAGGUAAUGAUCGUGUUAUGAAAUGGGAAAAAGAUACGAAAGAAGGAAUUGUUGUUGCUGGAGGACAAGGUCAAGGUAAUACUCUUUCGCGGUUAUCAAAUCCCCAAGGUGUGGUUGUUGAUCAUAUGGGAAAUGUCUAUGUAUGUGAUUCGUGGAAUCAUCGAAUCAUGCGUUGGUGUAAAGGUGCUCGAGAAGGUUCGGUUGUUGUCGGAGGAAAUGGUUAUGGUCAACAACCAAAUCAAUUUGCAUAUCCACAUGGUUUAACAUUUGAUCAACAAGGAAAUUUGUAUGUGAUUGAUUGUGAUAAUCAUCGAUUACAAAAAUUUGAUGUAAAUCUCUGA